ACGAAGAAGAGAGUUCAACAACGGCCGGAGUGUCUGACAAAAUUCAUCAUGAUGGGAUUGGUGUCCAUUCAUUCAUUUCUGAUAAAGCGCAUGAUGGCAGCCGCCGAAGAAAUAUUCGACGCUGUCAAAGACAAUGUUAUUGAGUAUCAGCAGGAGAUAGAGCGUCUAAAGCAGGAGAACUGUUGCCUGAGGAACACACUGGCUCACACCAGGAGCUUCAACCGUGCAGAAACACACAAUGACACUCAGAGCAACAUUGCAGAUGAAGUUCUGCAAGAUCCAUUUGGUUCAGAACUCUCAGAAAUACGAGUGAAGAUGGAGGUUGCCACCGUGGUGUCUCAUGAACCUUUGAGUCAAGCUUCAGCCAUCACCUCUGUCCUCUCAGAAGGUCAGGAACCCACUGAGUCCCUUUCACACCAGCCAGAGUUACUUGUGAAGAAUGAAGAUAGUGGUGGUUUAGAUAUACAAUCAUCAGUCGCAGUUAAAUCAGAUCAGUGUGAUCAAGGUAGUGAUUCAAACCCAACUGUAGUACUACUUGGCUAUAUCAGUGAUGGUCACGUUGACCUUCCAAUAGCUGAACAAGAUCUGCACUCUCGUGAUGAGGUGUCGCAAAAGGUGCCGCAAAGUCACCAGAACACAUUCAUGUGCAAGAUUUGUGGCAAGUCUUUCUGCAGCAAGGGACGCUUGCGGACACAUAUGAUAGUUCACCAGAGCGAGAGACCUUUCAGCUGUGAUUUCUGUGGGAGGUGCUUUAAAUCGAAAAUCCAUUUGAAAGAACAUGAGAGACUCCAUAAAGAAAGCCGAACAGUGGAUCAGAGCUCCAUUGAAGAACCACUGGACUCACAGCUCUCCAAUAUGCAAAUAAUGCUGAAGCCAGACAGCAUAAACCUGGAUGGAAACCCACAGUACUCACCGAGUGCUUCAUCAACUUCUAAACUAAGUUUAAACAGAAUCUCAGUUAAGACAGAAAAGGGGGCUGAUCUAGGCAUGAACUUGAUGGAGCAUGUUACAAGAGAUUAUUUUGAGACAAAGGCCAUCUGUUCUAAUAUCUCAGGGUCACAUACUACUCCAAAUAAAAGUGUAAGUGACCAGGUGAUAAUUGAAGAUGAUGGACUAAGCACCUAUACCGUUCCUGAUAAUGAACAAACAUUUGAGGGGAUAUCUCACCUGAAUUUGGACCAACACCAUCAGGACACUGAGAAAUAUCCUGUCCAUUGCGAAAUAUGUGACAAGCCAUUCAGACAUCACCAGAGUCUAAAGAUCCACAUGCGUGUGCACCAACGAGUCAGAAACUACCACUGUAGGUUUUGUGGUAGGGGAUUCUAUAAGAGCUGUCAUCUCAGAGAGCAUUUGAGGAUUCACACUGGUGAAAAACCAUAUGGGUGCAAAAAAUGUGGGAAAAGCUUUGUUCAGUGGAAUCAGGCAAGGGCACACAUAAUUAAACAUCAUGGAGGAGAUAUGUCACUAUUAUCAAAGAAAAAGCCGUAAAGCUGGUAAAUUGGCUGUUGUUAUCACUUCUUUGGCUAAGUAAUUUGAAUAGUAAUGCUGGUAUUGAAUUUCAAAUUUACAUACCUAAUUUUAGAUUGAGUGUACAGUGCCCAAAUAUUAAAUAUCAGGAAAAUUUAAAUAAAAAAACAGCCCAGUAGUGUAAUUGUUUUCAUCAGAGGCCAUAGAGAAUCAACAGACAACCAUACUGCAUACUGUAAUAAAAUAUCUAAUAAUUUCCUAGUUAUAUAACUGCAAUUUAAAGGAAUUGUUCACCCAAAAAUGACAAUUCUGUCAUCAUUUACUCACUCUCAUGCCAUCCCAGAUAUGUAUGACUUUCUUCUACUGAACACAAAUGAAGAUUUUUUUGAAGAAUAUCUUAGCUCUGUAGGUCCACACAUUGCAAGUUAAUGGUGGCCAGAACUUUGAAGGUCAAAAAAGCAAAUAAAGGCAGCAUAAAAGUAAUCCAUAUGACUCCAGUGGUUUAUUCCAUGUCUUCUGAAGUGAUAUGAUAUGAAACAAAUCAAUAUUUGAGUCCUUUUUUACUAAAAAUCUCCACUUUCACAUGCUGCUUUUGUUUUUGGUGAUUCACAUUUGUGCAUAUGGCAACUCUACUUGGGAGGGAGGAGAAUUAUAGUAAAAAAGGACUUAAAUCUUAAUCUGUUUCUCACCUACACUUAUCAUAUUGCUUCUGAAGAUAGGAUUUAACCACUGGAGUCUUAUGGGUUACUUUAAUGCCACCUUUAUGUACUUUUAGAGCUUCAAAGUUUUGGUCACCUUUCACUUGCAUUGUAUUGACCUACAGAGCCUAGAUAUCAGCAGAAGAAAGUCAGUCUUGUACAUUUGGGAUGACAUGAGAGAGAGAGAGUAAAUGAUGAGAGAAUUUUUAUUUUUGGGUGAGCUAUCCCUUUAACUUGGUCACAUGCCAGAAAACGUUUUAUUUUAAUGCUUUUAGCAAGUCUAUGUGUUUUGUAAAUAAAGCAAAAUAUUCCCAUUUCUGAAAUGCUGCUG